AAAAAAAAAAAAAUGAAUCUUCCUCUUAAAAUUUGGGGUUUUCUUUCUUGUUUUAUGUUUGUAGAAUUGUGUUUCAUUCGAAACAGUUUCAGCUUAACAAUAAGCAGAGGUGCGCCUCAGGUAAGUGGGGUCGCCGAUGUGCCUAACGGCCCGGUCGACUUGCCCCCCGAACGGAAGCUCAACUUAGGGCUGCGCAAGUACCAGCGCAGUAGUCCCCCCCAGGAAGACGCCGACAAUGAAAUACAGACAGAAAUGAACGAAGACGCGGAAGAGCUGGAGGACAUCACAAACAAAGCAAAUUUCCCCUACCCACAAUCCGAGAACGUCUAUAUAAAACAUCAGGAGAAUUAUGACAUCCCCCCGUGGCUAGCUGAAAUGAUUAAUUUGUCUAACAUAAGCAAACACACAUUAGAAUCGCUAGGUGUUGAAAAUCUACCCGAUGUUGACGCAUGUAGAGCUAUACAGAAUUUGAAAGAACAAAUGCUGUGCAUACUUGAUGCAAAGGACAUAACCUCCUUAACCGCGAGGGUCUUGGCCGGGGGAAGACUAGCCGUCCGGGCCCUGUCUAGGCUGAACACCUUGGCAUCCGCGUUUGAAAAUAGGCAGCUCAUGAACAGGUGGCUGUGCGGGUCCAUACUAACCCUACUGACGGACCUACCUGUGGUGUCAGACCUGGCUGACAUCAAAACGGGGUCUUACGGACACGUAAAUGUUCAAGGAGGAUACACCAUUUGA